AUGAGUUUCCUUUUCAGUAAUCGUUCCUCAAAGACCUUCAAGCCAAAGAAGAACAUUCCAGAAGGCUCCCACCAGUACGACCUGCUGAAGCACGCCGAGGCCACACUGGGCAGCAAGAAUCUGCGGCAGGCUGUGAUGUUGCCGGAGGGAGAAGACCUCAACGAGUGGAUCGCUGUUAACACGGUGGAUUUCUUUAACCAGAUCAACAUGCUGUACGGCACCAUCACAGAGUUCUGCACAGAGAUCAGCUGUGCUGUCAUGUCUGCGGGGCCCAGGUAUGAGUACCACUGGGCCGAUGGCACCAACAUUAAGAAGCCCAUCAAAUGCUCAGCCCCCAAAUACAUUGACUAUCUGAUGACCUGGGUGCAGGACCAGCUGGACGACGAGACUCUCUUCCCCUCCAAGAUCGGAGUGCCCUUCCCGAAGAACUUCCUGUCUGUGGCCAAGACCAUCCUGAAGAGGCUGUUCCGGGUCUACGCUCAUAUCUACCACCAGCACUUCGACUCUGUCAUGCAGCUGCAGGAGGAGGCCCACCUCAACACCUCCUUCAAACACGUCAUCUACUUCAUACAGGAGUUCAGCCUGAUCGAUCGGAGGGAGCUGGCCCCACUGCAGGACCUGAUCGAGAAGCUGGGAUCCAAGGACAGAUAG